UUGCCGCGGUGACGGGCGGACGCCGAGCGGGAGGCGGGAGCGCCCGGCGAGGCUCCGCCAUGGCUCUCCCCGAGGAGCCGGUGCCGCCGGCCGUGCCCUCCUGCCCCCUGCCCGGCAAGAUCUGCGCCCUGCCCGGUGAUGUGGUCCGCGGCGAGAGGCCCGGUUCGUGCUGCGGCAUGGCCAUGGCCGGCCUCCGCACCGCCAAGUACCAGCUGCCCGAGUGGCACCGCAGGAACGCCCGGGUCUACAACCGGGCCUACACCGUGGGCGAGGAUUCGGAGCGCGACGUGGCCGAGUCCAAGCACCUCACCAAACAUGCGGCCGCCUGCGCCCAGAGGGCACAGGAGUACUCCAAAACCACCCUGGCCCAGCGCCUGCAGGACAUCCACUUCUGGAGGGUGGAGCUGCAGAAGGAGAUCAUGGAGCUGGACGCCGAGACCAACCUGCUGGCGGCGCAGAAGCUGCGGCUGGAGCGGACCCUCGAUGCCACCGAGGUGCCCUACGGGGUGGUCACCGAUAACCUGCAGUGCCGGGAGAGGAGGCAGCCCCCGGACCUGGUCAUUGAUGAGGUGGAGAGGCAGCUGCUGAAGGAAGCUGAUCUUAUCAGGAAUAUCCGGGAUCUUUUGAAAAGAACUAUAAUCCAAGCCACCAACCAGAUCCGCUCCAAUCGGAUUCAGAAGGAGUUUUGUGAGCUGGACUGGUCGGACAAGGUGGAAACCUAUCACAUAGAUGACAAAUGUGUGACCUACAACAACGACAGCACCAACAUCCAGUUCCACCCCAGCUCUGUCAAGUUCGAGGAGAACGCCUCCACACCCAAGACCUGGGCCCAGUUCAGCCAUGACAACAUUUAUAGUGCAGAACAGGAAAAACUGGCCUCUGUGCAGCUCCGCUCCCUCAUCAACAACAUCAUCCACGACGUGUCCGAGGACCUGCGGAUGCAGCGGGCGGCCGUCAACGAGGCCUUCGACAACCACUGCAGGGAGCUGGAUGAUGCCAAGCUCAGGCUGGAGCAGCACCUGGAGAAGAUCCUCAAGGACAUUGGAGACGAGGAAGCCAACAUUGUUGCUCUCAAGAAGGCCAUCAGGGACAAGGAAACCCACCUGAAAGUAGCUCAGACCAGGCUCUAUGACAGGUCCUUCAGGCCCAACAUCGAGCUCUGCAAGGAUGAACCACAGUUCAGGUUGGUGAGCGAAGUGGAAGAACUCACGGUGUUCAUUGAAGCCCUGAAGAGAAAACUGAUGGAAUCUGAGCAGUGCCUGAAGAACCUGGAGGAGACAAGGAUGAAGCUGGAGAAGGAAAUAGCUGUGAAGGCCAACAGCAUUUUUAUUGACAGAGAGAAGUGCAUGACCUUCCGGAUCCGCUACCCCGUGGAUCUGGAAGUAGCCAGUUACAAACAAUGAUUUCUGUCCUAACUCUGCAAAUCUGGGGGAAAAAUAGAGCUCCUUCUUUUCUGUUAAGCCCUUGGCAAGCGUGGAAAAAAGUCUAGAAUCUUUCAUGUAAAUAUAAAAUAAAUGGAUAUUAUUACUCACAGAA